AUGAAAAGAAAAAGGCAGGAAGGGAGAGCGUCCCAUCCGGAGAAAAAACAGAAAAUUUUGGAGGAACCUAUUCACGGUCCUCGACCUAUCGUUAAUCAGUUCCUUUGUUUUGCGGAAAAAUGUUUACCUUGUAAGGUGUUGUUGGAUACUGGUGCAACUGGCCCUGUUUUGUCUGCUGUUUUUGUUGAUAGUUUUGAGGUCCCGAAGGUGAAACGAGACAUCCCGGCCCGGGUAUUUGGAUUUACGGGAGAAGUUAUGAAGGGCACGGGACACGCCUUUACACAACCAUUAAUUAUAACGUCAAAGGGGCAUCAAGUACAGUUAUCAUUCGAGAUCGCCCCUCUCCCGGUUGGCAUCGAUGCAAUACUACCGAAUUGGUGGUUGAAAGAACACAAGCCGGUACUAGGGGCAAAUGGGGAAGUUUCCUACGAUGGUGAGAACUGUAAGAGUCGAUGCUUCACUGACAAGGAACCUCGAAUAGAAAUGGAUGAGGGUGUACUGGACGAUCCGGAGGCCCAAUUCAUCGGUAGCAUCUGUCUAUUGGAAGAUGAAUCGGUUAACCUCCGUGAAACUCUUCCCUCUUGGCUCCAUGGGUUCCUUAAAGUCUUUCUACCGUCGGAAGCAGACAAAUUACCACCGCAUCGAUCUUACGACCAUGCGAUAGACCUCGAACCAGGGAAGCAACCACCAUGGGGACCCGUUUACUCCCUAUCCGAAGUCGAGCUGAAGGUGCUUCGGGAGUACCUAGACAAAAUGUUGCGAUUGGGAAAGAUUAGGCCGAGCAAAUCCCCAGCAGGAGCCCCAAUUCUAUUUGUGAAGAAGAAGGACGGUAGUCUGCGACUUUGCGUUGACUACCGUGGACUUAACCGUGUGUCCAUCAAGAAUAGGUAUCCGUUACCGCUUAUGGACGAGCUGCGAGAUCGAGUAGCAGGCGCGGUUAUCUUCUCGAAAAUUGACCUGAAGGAAGGUUACAACCUCAUCAGGAUCAAAGACGGUGACGAGUGGAAAACAGCCUUUCGUACGCGGUACGGGCAUUUUGAGUACCUCGUCAUGCCUUUUGGGCUGGCAAAUGCGCCGGCGACCUUCCAGAACAUGAUGAAUGAUGCACUGAGGGAAUUUUUGGAUCAAGGUGUAGUAGUAUACCUUGAUGAUAUCCUAAUAUAUAGCAAGUCUCGAGAGGAACACAGGGAGCUGGUCGGUAAAGUACUUAGCAGACUGCAAGAAUACAACCUAGUCGCCAACCCGAAGAAAUCGUUCUUCGAGCUCACCGAAAUCGAGUUCCUCGGAUACAUCCUUGCCCCAGCAGGUGUCACCAUGGCACUGGAUAAGGUUAUGUCUGUUACGAAUUGGCAAGCCCCGCGCAGCGUUAAAGAAGUACAGAUCUUUAUGGGCUUUGCCAACUUCUACAGAAGGUUUAUCCACAAUUUCUCCGGG